UGAUGGAGGAUGGACGGGGUCUGGACCUGAUUAAACUCACCACAGACAAACUCUCCACUGAUGCUGUGUCAGAAUCGGUGACAUGUUCCUCCUGUGGAGCCAUUUCAUUAUUCAUCGGAACCACCAGAGAUCAUUUCGAGGGAAAGAGGGUCGUUCAGCUGGAAUACGAAGCGUAUGUGCCCAUGGCGGAGUUGGAGAUGAGGAAAAUAUGCGCUGACGUGAGAAGAAGAUGGCCGACAGUCCGACACAUCUGCAUCCAUCACAGACUCGGCGUGGUUCCUGUUACCGAGGCCAGUGUGAUUAUCGGAGUCUCGUCACCUCACCGCAGUGACUCUCUGGAGGCCGUGAAGUACGGAAUAGAUGCUCUGAAAUCCACUGUCCCCAUCUGGAAAAAGGAGAUCUAUGAAUCGGAGGAGCCAUGCUGGAAAGAGAACAGCGAGUGUCUGUGGACAGGAAGUCGUGCCGAGAGGAAAACGACUUGACCUUUGGACUGUAACGAGCUCCAGGGCUUUUCUCUCUAAGCGGGGUCAUGAACCCACAGCUUGCGAGUGAGAUGUGGCUUUUUUUCUUCUUUUAAUAUGAUUCAGCAAUUGACAAAUUACAAAAAUAAAUAAAUAAAUUAUAUAUAUAUAUAUAUAUAUAUAUAUAUAUAUAUAUAUAUAUAUAUAUAUAUAUGAGAUGUUUCAAAUCUAAACAAAUAUACUGUCAGGCUCAGAACUAGAAAUGAGCAUUUGUGGGAGGAAAAAGAGAUCAAAUGUAAAGCAAAAUGUAUAUAUUCUUAGCUCUUGUGUGCCGAUUUAAAGAAAUAAAACACCUGCAGAUAUUUUACUCAGCUGCCCCCUAGUGGUCAUUUAUUUUUUAACUAACUACAACCAAUAAAGUGGAAUCUCUAGGUUCACAUGAAAGCUUUUUUUUUUUUUAAUUUCCUUUUCAAAUUAAAACAAAUAAAGCUUAAACUAAACUUCCAGGCAUGAAAGCUCUGAUAGGAUAAAUUAUCACAGUACAGUAAAACAUCUCAAAUAUUGAUACUGGAUGGAUGAUGAAAAAAAAAAAAAGUUUAAUUAUUAGCAGUUUAUGUUCUGGCUUGUAAUUAAAAGAAAUGUUCUUUUCAUGAAUAUAAAUAUAAUAUAUAUUAAAUGAAUUCUUACACGUUUUAAUGUCAACUGUGAUUGAUCUCUUUAUGAAUACCUCAAAUUAUUAUUUCAUCUAGAGAAAAUCCCAAAUUCUAGAGUUAUUAUUUGAAAAUUCUUUACCGGAAUUCAUUUGUUAAAAACAUGAAAUUAUUCAGAGAAAACCUAAAAGAACGUGUUUUGAUGCUUUCCAGUGACGCCGGUCGUGCAUGCAUCGGUCCUGCAUCACCGAAAGGUGUCACUGGAAAGCAUCAUAACUUAUAACGAACGAUUCAGCAACUAAUCAAUCACUACCGUGACAAUAUCCUGAUAAAUACACCGUCAGAUCCGUGCAGAGCAGGUAGGUGUGUCCGAGUCCAUAUAUGGAAAUCUGAGCAGUUCCGAGUGACACAGGUGAGAAUGUGGGUGUGUCUUCAAACCCAUAUAUGGAAGUGGUAGAAAGAAGGACGUUUGCUCGUCUGAUUUAACCCGAUGGGAUUUCUGAGAGGAUUUUAAGUCGCGCUCAUGAACGUUCACCUUCUUUUCUGCUAACGUUCGUUAUUAGAAAAUGCUUUCAAAGACAUUCGUUAAAAAUGACGCGGGGGGUUAAACAAACAUGACCACUAGCUCUAAAGGUACAGACGAGUACUUUUUAGUUAGUAAAAAUGUCAAUAUAAUAUGUGAGUGCGUGAACACCGUAAAACAGAAAGAUGUCAGUCUUUUCAGAAAUAUUUAAAUAUGAACGAAAACCACGACAAAUGAAGCAAAUUAAAAUGUUUUAAUGAUCAUUUGAAUAAAUUGCCCCGUUUUAUCUAUUAUUUAGACAAAAACUGAAAUAACGUACCAUUGCAAAAAAACAACAACUUCUGUAAACAUUUAGUGCUCUGAUAAAUUUAUAGAAAAGCAUUAAUAUAGUAAUCAGUCAUUAUUUUUAAUUUGAAGAAUAAAACCUGAUUACAGUACAUAUUUAACUUAUUGCAGAAUUCAGACUCGGUAAAUAAUCAAAUCUUAAAUUUACACUCGUGCUGUGCAGUCUGAGUAAAGUAUAAAAAUACAAACUCUUACCAAAGCCUAAAGGAUGGAAUAAUAAUAAUAAUAAUAAUAAUAAUAAAAAAUGCUACAAAGUUUUUUAAAUGCAUGUUUUUAAAAGUGUAUUUUUUUUUGGUUCCAGAUGGUUAAAAAGAAAUAUAAAAUAAAGCGUUUGUGGAAAAUAAAAUACAAAGAAAAAAAAAAAGAUAAA